CCCUUUUCACAUAAGAGAGAGGUCCUAAGUAGUGCCCACAUAAGUCACUACCAUGUCUAGUCCUACAGUUUUUUCAACCAUCUUGUUUGUUGCCUUAGCAAUGGUAGUACUCAGCGCAAAUACACCACAAGCAGAGGCCGCUCGAGCCUUCUUCGUGUUCGGCGAUUCGCUCGUCGACAAUGGAAACAACAACUACUUACUGACCACUGCACGUGCAGACUCGCCACCCUAUGGCAUCGAUUAUCCCACUCACCGUCCCACCGGCCGCUUCUCCAAUGGCUUAAACAUUCCCGAUAUCAUCAGUGAACAACUCGGCUCUGAGUCCACAUUGCCAUACUUGAACCCAGAGCUCGACGGACAAAAAUUACUUGUGGGUGCAAACUUUGCUUCUGCUGGAAUCGGAAUCCUCAAUGACACCGGAGUUCAGUUUGCAAACAUCAUAAGGAUAGGCCAGCAAUUAGAAUUCUUCCAGCGCUAUCAGGAACGGGUAAGCGCGCUCAUUGGGCCAGCCGAAACCCAGCGGCUGGUGAAUGGAGGGCUGGUUCUGAUCGUGCUCGGAGGCAACGACUUCGUCAACAAUUACUUCUUCACCCCAUAUUCUGCCAGAAGGCUCCAAUACUCUCUUCCUGAGUUCUCCCGAUAUCUUAUCUCUGAGUAUCGAAAGAUUCUAAAGAGGCUAUAUGAAUUGGGAGCCCGAAGGGUAAUGGUGACCGGAACUGGGCCACUGGGUUGUGUUCCGUCUUCUUUAGCCAGCAGAAGCACCAAUGGGCAGUGCGCGGAGGAGCCCCAACGAGCUACUGAACUCUUCAACCCAGAACUCAUCCAGAUGAUUCAAUCCCUCAACCAAGAGCUCGGCUCUGAUGUGUUCAUAGCUGUUAAUGCAAUGCAAAUGAGCACUGACUUCAUCAGUAACCCCCAAGCCUUUGGUUUUGUAACAUCGAAGGUGGCAUGUUGUGGACAAGGACCAUACAAUGGGCUUGGAGUAUGUACCCCUGCUUCCAACCUCUGUCCCGACCGGAAUGUCUAUGCCUUUUGGGAUCCAUUCCAUCCAACAGAAAAGGCAAACAGAAUCAUAGUCCAACAGAUGAUGACUGGCUCCAACCGCUACAUGAAUCCCAUGAACCUAAGCACUAUCAUGGCCAUGGACUCCAUGAAUUGACUCAUCAUCUACUAUUUUAAGCUAUAUAUAUAUCUAUACAUUAUAUGCUUUUGAGUAGUCAUUUUGAUUAUGCACUGUUUGUAUUGGAUGAAAUGUACUUAGCCCUCGUUUGGUUUUCUCAUUAGAGCUAAAAAAGCACAAAAAAAAAACAAAAUAAGCUAUAUAAGUCAAUAAAACAAAAUACUACUUUUUAUUCAUAAUCAUUACAUUUUUUCUCUCACAAAAGUCAAAAAAAUCCCUAAACAAAAACCAAACGAGGCUAAAAAUGUCGCAAUACAAAAAAGUUAGCUGUAUUAGCCAAUGCUAAACGACUCCUUAGUUUUGUUGGUCCUUGAUGAAAUAUGAAACCAAUGAAUUUAG